AUGCUCAUUGCUGAAGGUCCAAAUGUGAAGGAAAAGGUGGGUAGAACAUCUGAAAAAUAUAAAAUUACAAUAUAUUUGCAAUUUUUAAAUAGAAAAACAUUAAUUCACAUCAAGAUCUGAUACAAAAUCCGUCAAGAAAAUGUUUUAAUUCAAGAAUAAUAUUCAGAAAAUCCGUCAGCAACGUUCAAAAAAUCCGUUAUCUAAAACUUUUUUUUGAAGAUUAAAACCAAAGAUUUAUUAGAUCAAGAACUGGGUUUUAUAUGCUUUUAGGCCAAAAAUAUUAAUUUUUAGCUAUUUUGACUCAUAAACCUUCAAAUUCCGUGAAAAUAAUGUUAUUUUGGCUAUUCAGCAAGGUGUUAUGGUUGUUUUUGAGCUGUUUCUUUUUGUAUUUCUGAUAAGUUUGGUCGAUUCUGCUCAUGAACAAAACAACGAUUUGUUUUUCUACUUCAAAUGUGGAAAAUUACCUGUUGUUGGGACAUUUACAGUGUUUUAUGGAGGCUCAUGUAAGUAAGGUCAUGGAUAAUAUCUAAAUUGGUCUGUAUUUUUAUUGUCUUUGGUGUUUUAUUUUAGGGAAUCAGAUUUUAGGCAUUAUUGUACCUUUUUUGAAGUUUUAAAACCAUAUUUUGUACGGUUUUUGUUUUCAUUACCUAAACUUCAUCUUACGUUUACCUAAAACAACAUCUCAUAAUGUUGCCUCUAAUUAUAUUGAAACAUUGUCCAAGUGUGUAAAACUUUAUUUCACACAAGUUUUAGUGCUAAAGUCAAGUAUCGACUACAAAUUGGAAGAGGAAGACAAUGGAAUUGUACGGUUUUCAUUCUACGAAGCUGAACUGAUGUCAAUUGAUGUUGUUCUCAAAGCCAAUUGUGGUGUAAUAACGCCGAAAGGGAAGGUAAAUGCAUUUUUUUGUUUCUUAAAGUUUAAACGAACUAAAUAUAGACUUACAAGGACUUGUUUAUGUUGAAAAUUCAUUUACAGUGGUUGCGAAAGGAAGGAGGACAUUGUUUUAGGUGCAGAAACCUACGAAAUUGUUUUUUGUCAUAACUUUUGUCAACAUUUAGUUAGAAACACGAAAUUUUGUGGAGUUGUAGCUUAUUUAGCUGUUUAACUAACAAAACAAACAUCUGUCUGAAAUUCCCAAUAUUUUUAAAGAUACAGAAGUUUUAUUGUACCCUAAUUCCUCCGUAAUUUUGAAGGAACUUGAUAAUUCUUUAUGCAAGUCAAAAUAUGAGUAAAAUUAAGUCAAUUUUAAUUUAGAGAUGUCAAAAUGUGUUUAAAUUUGAUGGUAUCACUAGGAAACAACAGUUUUUGGUUGAGAACACAGCUUUGUUUGUUUUGAACGGCAAUUCUGGAACUGAUCUUCAGGAAAAGGUGAAGAACAAGGACUUUGAAGUAGAAUGUGAUGGAAAUAUGUUUUGGCAAUGA